AUGUCAGAAAACGGCCAGAAAUUUACUCCCAAGGAACAGGAGGCGAUUGCUUCCUUCGAGGAAAUCAUUAACAGUCGCGGGCCCUCUGGAAUGGAGAAGCAAAUUGCUGAAGCACGCCUACAUGAUCUUAAGAAAUCCAAAGAACCAGAGCCACAUAAGCACAAGCAAUGUAUCCAACGAGAAAGCGAAGAACGAGGUGGAUCAGAGUACAACAUGUUCCGCAACGACGAGGCGUUCGAGCGGUAUGAGAUGGGCGGACAUCAGCGCGACGAACCAGGAAACAAAUGGGACAAUACGGCGGGGAAGAAUUAUCACAGUGUUAGGAUGAAUCACAAGGCGAGGGGAACGGCGAAGCAAAAAGCGGAGGAAACUGCAGCUGAAGAUAUUCAUGUUUGA